GCGGCAGGACUCGGGCCGGAGCGUGGCCGGACCCCCACCCGCUGAGGGGCCCAGGGAGGACGCGGUGAGUGCCCUGGAGGGGACGCGCGGGUAGGCGACGGCGGGUGCCGUGGCUCGAGCCCGCCCUCUCCUGCUCCGGCUUCUGAAGUUUGCAAUGGAGCCGACUCCCGCCCAGGGAGCCCCCGGCCACCCCGCUCAGCGUGCCGACGGGAAGGGCCGUAGCCGCGCCGAGGGGCCGUCCCAUCUGCCGCGCCGCGUGCUCCGCAAUUCCGCAGGCCGCCCGGGGGAGGGAGCGCCGGCGCUGGAGAGCUGAGCCAUCUUCACGGGCCCCUCGAGGGCCCCCGUCCGCUCGCCCCGCGCCCGCCCCGGGGACCCAGAGGGUCCUCGCUCCCUGGCGACCCCUCGCCCUGUGCAGCGAGCCCCGAUUCCUGGGUCCGCUGCCCGGGGCCACCAUCUGGAGCCCAAGGCAAGGCCGGCCCAGGCAGGGGGCGUCCCCUCCCCUUGGCAGUGAUCAGUGGCCCCACCUCCGCCGAGACCAAGUUCAACAAGUUUGGCCAAGAAGUCCUAGAGCUUCGGUGGCUAGGCCUGGCCCUGCCGCUCCGCGUGGCUCCACGGGCUCCGAGUUAUGCAGCUCCGGGCGGCAAGGGGUCCUGUCGAGGGGCGCGGUCCAUAAGGGUUGAGGCCAGAGGCGCGUAGCCUCUGGGCGCCGAGCUCUGGAGUGGAGGCUGGGGUUCGGAGUGCGUCAUCUGGAAGCAGGCACCCCGGCCGGCAGGCAGAGUCACGGUGGCAGCAUUGAGAGUUGGACACCCGGGUCCCUGAAGUAAUCUCUAGGCCCCAGCCCCAAAUCCGCCACCAUUCCGUGCUGCGGGGACACCAUGGCUCCAGAAGAGGACGCUGGAGGGGAGGCCUUAGGGGGCAGUUUCUGGGAGGCUGGCAACUACAGGCGCACGGUACAGCGGGUGGAGGACGGGCACCGGCUGUGUGGGGACCUGGUCAGCUGCUUCCAGGAGCGCGCCCGCAUCGAGAAGGCUUAUGCCCAGCAGUUGGCUGACUGGGCCCGAAAGUGGAGGGGGACCGUGGAGAAGGGCCCCCAGUAUGGCACACUGGAGAAGGCCUGGCAUGCCUUUUUCACGGCGGCUGAGCGGCUGAGCGCGCUGCACCUGGAGGUGCGGGAGAAGCUGCAAGGGCAGGACAGUGAGCGGGUGCGCGCCUGGCAGCGGGGGGCUUUCCACCGGCCUGUGCUGGGCGGCUUCCGCGAGAGCCGGGCGGCCGAGGACGGCUUCCGCAAGGCCCAGAAGCCCUGGCUGAAGAGGCUGAAGGAGGUUGAGGCUUCCAAGAAAAGCUACCACGCAGCCCGGAAGGAUGAGAAGACCGCCCAGACGAGGGAGAGCCACGCGAAGGCAGACAGCGCCGUCUCCCAGGAGCAGCUGCGCAAACUGCAGGAACGGGUGGAACGCUGUGCCAAGGAGGCCGAGAAGACGAAAGCUCAGUAUGAGCAGACGCUGGCAGAGCUGCAUCGCUACACUCCACGCUACAUGGAGGACAUGGAACAGGCCUUUGAGACCUGCCAGGCCGCUGAGCGCCAGCGGCUUCUUUUCUUCAAGGAUAUGCUGCUCACCUUACACCAGCACCUGGACCUUUCCAGCAGUGAGAAGUUCCAUGAACUCCACCGCGACUUGCACCAGGGCAUUGAGGCAGCCAGUGACGAAGAGGAUCUGCGCUGGUGGCGCAGCACCCACGGGCCAGGCAUGGCCAUGAACUGGCCACAGUUCGAGGAGUGGUCCCUGGACACACAGAGGACAAUCAGCCGGAAAGAGAAGGGUGGCCGGAGCCCUGAUGAGGUUACCCUGACCAGCAUUGUGCCCACAAGAGAUGGCACCGCACCCCCACCCCAGUCCCCAGGGUCCCCAGGCACGGGGCAGGAUGAGGAGUGGUCAGAUGAAGAGAGUCCCCGGAAGGCUGCCACCGGGGUUCGGGUGAGGGCACUGUAUGACUAUGCUGGCCAGGAAGCUGAUGAGCUGAGCUUCCGAGCAGGGGAGGAGCUGCUGAAGAUGAGUGAGGAGGACGAGCAGGGCUGGUGCCAAGGCCAGUUGCAGAGUGGCCGCAUUGGCCUGUACCCUGCCAACUACGUGGAGUGUGUGGGCGCCUGAGUGUCCUGACAGCCCUUCUGCGACGUUUACCCACCCUGGGUCAGAGCCCAGCUUCUCCUGGAGAGCCGGACCCUCAGGGCCCUGAACCGUCGCUCUCCGGCUGCUCCUCUGUCCCUUGAGGGAGGAAGUCCUGGGACCCAGGGAGGGGAGGGGCCUUUGUCUAGGGAAGGGACUGGUAGGGAAGGGACGAGUCUAGGCUGAGGGCAAGAUGGGAGGUCAGAGGUGACAGAAGGGUUCAGGGGGGCCUGGGCCUCCCCGGGAGCUGUGGACUCAGUUCCUGACCUCUGCUUUGGAGUUCCUGGGGUGGGCUUGGGGUGAGCGUAGUUCCGGCCUAGCAGCACCCUCUUGUGGCUUGUUCUAGCGUGUAUUAAAACUUGACACACACACACAAAAAAACAAAAA